CAAAGUGGAGGGAGGGGGAUCCAGCUCGCGCUUACAUACACACAACUACUGUGUAACAGCCACGUAAUAUUCCUCCGCGGGGGUUUACGGGAAUAAAAAAAUAUUAUAAUCGACGGAGUUUUUAAAAAUCAGGAUGGCAUUUCCUGUAGAUAAUCUGACAAAUGUGGAUCAUGAGACCUUAGAGCUGACAGCUGAGGAAUACAUGUCUCAGCUCCCCUACAGAAAUACAGAGUACUUCAGCCUCUCUGAUUUCAAACAGAUAGAAGUUGGACUCUGCAAUGUGAGUUUUGUCCCUCUAUAUGGAACAGAUACUGAAAAAAAGCUCCUUGCGUUGUUCUCACCUGAUGACUCGAACACAAUUGUAGGUCUAUAUUUGCUGGAUCGGUGGUGGGGGGUUGAAGAUGUUCUUAAAACAGCAGAGCCCUCAAGAACAGGCCUGAUCAAGGUCAGCACACUUGGGGAAAGGAUAGUCCUAUAUGUUCUCAACAGAAUUGUGUUGAGAAAUGAGAAGAGCGGUGAAGAUGUUUUCUUUCUCUGUCAUUGUGAGCGUGAAGCUGCAAAAAUACUAUGGAAGGAUGGAGAGGCCAUUGGCUUUUACUCAUUCAAACCCAAAGGAAGCUUAUGCAGAAACUUUGUGACCCAAUGCUAUCAACUUCCUGUAAUGGACACAAUAUUUGUCAGGAAGUGUCACCGGGGCCAGGGGCAUGCCAUAAAGAUACUGGAAGACUUUGUUGGUAGCUUCAGAAAUGAGUACAUAGGGUUAAAAUUUCCACUUUCAGAAGCUAUUUCUAAAGUUUGUGAAAAGUACUUCAGUAGAUAUCCAGCAGACAAGGAGCUUCUGUGGGAAGUAGAGAAAAUAGGAAGCCCUUUCCAGAGAACUCUAAUAGUCAACAGGCUACAGAAGUUGAACCUAAAGGAGAAGGACCAGGUUGUGAGCAAACUGAAUUUUGACGAAGGUGAUGCCACUGCUCCAAUGGAAAUUGAGAUCACAAAGAUUCAGGAAACCACUGAAUAUACAGUGGAGAUUGUGGAGGAGACCAUCAUAGACAUCACCAAAGAAGUAGAUGACAUACCUGUCACAAGGCGUGGCAGAGGUAGCAACCUGAAACGAAGAGCUAUCAGAGAAAAUUCAGAGGAGAGGCUUUCAGAGAACAUAAUCAGGGUGGAAGACAUUGAGGCAGUAGUUGAAAGUUCAGUCGAGGUGGCAGCCGUGGAAAAUCUUAACACUUUUUCUGUAAAAGAAUCAGAAACAGUACUCAGGAGCUCAGUAGACACUGUAACUGCAACUGUGACCAACUUUGCAGAGUUUAGAGGAUCACAAAAAGAGGAGACACGUGAAAUUGAAAACGACAUUGUCACAGCUACAUCAGAGGGGAGUCCAGUCACCCACCUCACCACAGCUGAGGAAAUAAAGAACCAAAGAGGUAGUAAAGAGGAAUGUGAAAUGGUUAUUAAGGAGUACACUAUAGAUAUACAAGGAGACACUAUAGGGUCUAUUGACCAAAGCCAACUUCAGUCUGUGGUGUACGUAGAAAUUGUUAAGAUGAGUACAGGAACUGAAGAGGAAAAAAAUGAAAAUUUAGGAAAGAACAAAGAGGUUGAGGAAGAUGAACCUGUGUGUGAGGCAGAGAUGGAGGAAAUAAAACAAAUGCCAGAUGAACCGAAAGAGGAAAAAACUGUGAGUGAGGUGGCCGAGCAAUCAGAGACUCGUGCUAAAUCAACAGAAAAAGUACAAACACACUGGGAUAUGGAAAUAACAGAGAAUAAAGAAAGAGCAGAAGAUGAGGUUAUGGCAGAAAGUGAAAAGGACCUAAUUGAGGAAAACAGAGAUGACAACACAGGCCAAGAGAAAAGUGAACCAAAGGAUGAAGACACAGUUCUGCAACAGUCUGUGGAAGUUAAAGACCAGAUAGAGAUGGAGGCAGAUUCUGUGAGAGAGGUCCUUACUACUGAAGAGGUCUUAUGUGACCAGCCCAAACAAAAUGAGGCUGAAACAGAAGUCCCCGAACCAAACCAAACAAUGACAAACAAGGAUACACUAAUUGAAAAAGCAAGUAAACAUACAUUAGGCCCUGAUGAGGCAGAACAGGUCUUCAACAAGAGAACAUCAGGUUUAACUCCUUCAAGGAAGUCCAAAAGACUCAUGCAUCAGCCUGCUGAAAAAGAUCUUGCAACUACAAAGUCUGUGAAAACAGGCCAACAGAGAUCCAAACAUCACAGCAAAGUAAUGAUGCAAGAUGAAGAUAUUGAACAAUCAACAGAUGAACCUGUACAUGAUGUUUCUGAGGUUAUGGAGAAGAUACAAGAAGCUCAAACUGAAAAUAAGGCAGAGGCAGAGUCUGAGGUUGAGGAAUACAAAGAAAAAGACAUGCUUACAGUGGAAACUGUAUCUACUAUGGACGUUGAAAUUACACAGGUUGAGGAAACUGUAUUUCCUGAAGUUUCUGAAUUAGUGGAAAGAAAAGAAACAGAUCAAGAAGAAGCACCACUACAGUCGUCUGUAGAGCCUCCUGAGAUACAGGAAUCAAAAACAACACCUGAAGAGGAUGAGGAGACAGUGGAGAAUAGCACUGUGAUGUUGACAUUGAGUGAAGCCAAAGAUGUGCUUGUAGAUCUGCAUGAAUGUUCUCCUAAGGAGGCAGGUGAUAAUCAUGGAGAGAUCGGUAUUCCUGGACAAGAGGAAAUGAAACUCACCAUGUCAUCUGAGCUACAAGCAACUGAAGAAAAUAUGAGAAAAGAAGAACAAGAUGGUACAUUAGACACCAAACCCAUGGAAGAACCAGCCUGUACUACUACAACAGAAGGAUAUGUUGUAGCAGCUGAUGCCAACAGAACUCCAGAACAAUCAGCUGCAUACAAAGAUCAAGAGUAUGAGCCAGAAUCAGAAACCACAGAGGCUGUUCUUCUAAGCCAAGUUGAGGUACCAGAGAAAACAGACACUGAACAAGAUAAAGAGGAUAAGCAAAAUUUGUAUGAGGCAGACAAGUUUCCCAAACAAGGCAAACAAACUCAAAAGAAAGGCUCUAUCGACGUCCCAAGUAGAUCCACAAGACUUAAAGAGCAGCCUGUUGACACUGGGGUGACAGUUAGAUGUCUUAGGAGCACUUUGAAACCAGUCAAGAUCACCCCUGUUAGGAGAUCUACACGUAGCAAAGCAUUGAUUGAACAGGUGGAGAGUGUUGAGCCUCAAGUUUAUGCAAAACUCAGGACUGAUGAAAACCCUGAGAGGGAUGAACUUAUUGUGGAGGAUGUAAGUCCAAAGGAGAAUGAAAUGGCAAACACAAAUGCUGAUGAAACUGCAAGUGUUGAAUGUGGAAGUUCUGAAUUCCUUAGAGCUGCAGAAAUAGAUGAUAAAGAGAAAGAACUUCAGAUUACAAAGGUUACUGAGGAAAUCCCACUUAUAGAAACAGAAGCUAAGGAGGAUGUAUUAGAAAACAGAGUUGAAGACAUCAAAAAUAUUGAGAACAAGGAAGCAAAUUUAGCUGGACAAUUGUACAGUGACAUAGAGAUGAGCAGUCUUGCUCAGGAGGUACAUGUCCAGGAAGAAGAGGUGCCAAUCAGCACAGAAAGACAUCUCAGACGUAGAACAAUAAGAGUUCAGACUCCACUGACAAGGAAAUCUAGAUGUGUACAGAAACAAAAAGCUGAAGCAGAUGUUGAACAUCAGGAAAGACACAGAGUGGUGAGCAAGAAUAAAACUGAUACAAUCUUGAUGACAAAAGAGAGAGAGGAUGAAAUGGGUCAAGAUGUCAACAAGAUGGAGAACAAAGAAGAACAUUUCGCUGAGUUGGAGCCAGUGGAAGAACCAAACAUGAGUAGAAAUGGAUAUGAAAAAACAUCAGCGAUAACAGAAGAGACUGUGGAUGGCUGUAUACCAAUUAUUACAACUGAGGCCAGUUUGGAAAGUCUUGAUGAAAUAGUAAACACAAAUACUGAGGAAACUGCAGUCCCAGAGAGUUCCGGACUACCUUUGGGUGUAGAAAUAGAUGAUCAGGAGAAAAAAAUUCAGAUUGUUGAUGGUCCUGAAGAAAAGGUUUCACUUGUAGAACCUGGUAAGGAGGUAGAGAAUGACGAUGGUACUCCAGCAAUAAAAUUACAAAAAGCCACAGUAGUACUUGUGGAUUUGAGCAAACGUUCCCAAAAUACAGAAGCAGAGGGUGAGGCUUCAGAAGACCUGACACAUUUCCAAACGGAGGAAAAACUGGAACUGUAUGAACCAGAUACAAGUGAACAAGAACUGUCUAAUCUGGCAUUAGAAGAGGAGGAACAACAAGAAGAAGUACAAACACAGGAAGACACUGAAAAGACCCCUGAGGAAGAGAAAAUGGAGGAAGAAAACACAGUUGAAGAGCAGAACAAACUCGAUAAACAAGACAUGACAUUUGAAGAGCAAAAGCCAACUGAAGAUUUGGCCACAAUGCCAGCUGAGGGCAGCCUGGUGGAAAGCAAUAAAAUUGAAAAUAAACAGAAUGAGGAUGAAGGGGUGAGCGGUCUUGCCCAGGAGAAUGCUGUUCAAGAAAACUUAGAAGAGGAGGCACCAGUCAGCACACAGCGAAGUCUUAGACGAAGAACAAAAAGAGUUCAGUCUCCACCAAGAAGAAAAUCUAGACGUAUACAAAAACAAGGGGCUGACGUUUCUGAAGAUAAAACUGAAAUAGUCCUAAUAACAGAAAAGGAAGCUGAUGAGGUGGACCAAGGUGUAGAAAUAGUUGAUAAAGAGAAAGCGCCUCAAACAUCAAUUGUAGAUGCUACUGAGAAGGUGAUCCCACUCGUAGAAGCAGAACCUGAAGAUAAUGUCGUAGAACAAGGAGUUGAAGAAAUCAACAAGUUGGAGAACAAGGAAGCAAAUUUAGCUGUGACAAGAGACACAGGUGAGGAGACAUCUGAGGUGGGAGAAGAAGCCACUUUAGAGCAACAGCAAAAUGAGCCAUUGGUUAAAAAUGAUAAAGAAACAGCUGAGACAGAAAAAUCCAUGGAGUUUGCCCCAGUGGUUGGCAAAGAGCAAACAUACAUUGUAGGGGGGACCACCAUCCAAAUAGAGAAGGAGGUCUCACGGGUCUCACUUGUAGAAGCAGAACCUGAUGAGGAGGUAGAAAAAGAUAAUGGUACUCCAGUAAUACAACUGCAGAAAGCCACAGUAGUACUUGUAGAUUUAAACAAACUUUCCCAAAAUACAGAAGGAGAGAGUGACACUCCAGAAGUCCUGACACAUUCCCAGACAGAGGAAAAACUGGAACAGGAUAAACCACAUAAUAGUGAAUAUCAACUAUGUAAUCUGACAUCAGAAGAGGAAGAACAGCUAGAACAACUACAAAAAGAGGAAGAUACUGAAAAGACCCCUGAGAAAGACAAAAUGGAGGAUGAUAACACAGUUGAAGAACAGAAUGAACCCAAUAAACAAGACAUGACAUUUGAGGAGCAAAAACCAACAGAAGAUUUGGAAGAACAAAAUGACUUAAAAGUGACAGAGAUCAUAGAAGUUUAUAGGGCUGUAGAUGAGGAUGUAGAAGAAGCAGUAAAUUCUGGAGAGCAUCCUGAAAAAACAACAACAAUGGCAGAUGAAACAAAUAUAAUUCAUGAGGCAGAAAAAGAUCACAAUAUUACUUUAAAAGAAAAGCCAACAGACAGUGACAUAGAAAUGAGUGUUCUUGCUCAGGAGGCACCAGAAACUGACCAGGAAGUCUUAGAAGAGGAGGCAUCAGUCAGCACAGAGAGAAGUCUCAGGCGUAGAACAAUAAAAAUUCAGUCUCCACCUAGAAGAAAAUCGAGACGUAUACAAAAACAAGGGGCUGACGUUUCUGAAGAUAAAACUGAAAUAGUCCUAAUAACAGAAAAGGAAGCUGAUGAGGUGGACCAAGGUGUAGAAAUAGUUGAUAAAGAGAAAGCGCCUCAAACAUCAAUUGUAGAUGCUACUGAGAAGGUGAUCCCACUCGUAGAAGCAGAACCUGAAGAUAAUGUUGUAGAACAAGGAGUCGAAGAAAUCAACAAGUUGGAGAACAAGGAAGCAAAUUUAGUUGUGACAAGAGACACAGGUGAGGAGACAUCUGAGGUGGGAGAAGAAGCCACUUUAGAGCAACAGCAAAAUGAGCCAUUGGUUAAAAAUGAUAAAGAAACAGCUGAGACAGAAAAAUCCAUGGAGUUUGCCCCAGUGGUUGGCAAAGAGCAAACAUACAUUGUAGGGGGGACCACCAUCCAAAUAGAGAAGGAGGUCUCACGGGUCUCACUUGUAGAAGCAGAACCUGAUGAGGAGGUAAAAAAAAAUGAUGGUACUCCAGUAAUACAACUGCAGAAAGCCACAGUAGUACUUGUAGAUUUAAACAAACUUUCCCAAAAUACAGAAGGAGAGAGUGACACUCCAGAAGUCCUGACACAUUCCCAGACAGAGGAAAAACUGGAACAGGAUAAACCACAUAAUAGUGAAUAUCAACUAUGUAAUCUGACAUCAGAAGAGGAAGAACAGCUAGAACAACUACAAAAAGAGGAAGAUACUGAAAAGACCCCUGAGAAAGACAAAAUGGAGGAUGAUAACACAGUUGAAGAACAGAAUGAACCCAAUAAACAAGACAUGACAUUUGAGGAGCAAAAACCAACAGAAGAUUUGGAAGAACAAAAUGACUUAAAAGUGACAGAGAUCAUAGAAGUUUAUAGGGCUGUAGAUGAGGAUGUAGAAGAAGCAGUAAAUUCUGGAGAGCAUCCUGAAAAAACAACAACAAUGGCAGAUGAAACAAAUAUAAUUCAUGAGGCAGAAAAAGAUCACAAUAUUACUUUAAAAGAAAAGCCAACAGACAGUGACAUAGAAAUGAGUGUUCUUGCUCAGGAGGCACCAGAAACUGACCAGGAAGUCUUAGAAGAGGAGGCAUCAGUCAGCACAGAGAGAAGUCUCAGGCGUAGAACAAUAAAAAUUCAGUCUCCACCUAGAAGAAAAUCGAGACGUAUACAAAAACAAGGGGCUGACGUUUCUGAAGAUAAAACUGAAAUAGUCCUAAUAACAGAAAAGGAAGCUGAUGAGGUGGACCAAGGUGUAGAAAUAGUUGAUAAAGAGAAAGCGUCUCAAACAUCAAUUGUAGAUGCUACUGAGAAGGUGAUCCCACUCGUAGAAGCAGAACCUGAAGAUAAUGUCGUAGAACAAGGAGUUGAAGAAAUCAACAAGUUGGAGAACAAGGAAGCAAAUUUAGUUGUGACAAGAGACACAGGUGAGGAGACAUCUGAGGUGGGAGAAGAAGCCACUUUAGAGCAACAGCAAAAUGAGCCAUUGGUUAAAAAUGAUAAAGAAACAACUGAGACAGAAACAUCCAUGGAGUUUGCCCCAAUUGUUGGCAAAGAGCAAACAUACAUUGUAGGGGGGACCACCAUCCAAAUAGAGAAGGAGGUCUCACGGGUCUCACUUGUAGAAGCAGAACCUGAUGAGGAGGUAGAAAAAGAUAAUGGUACUCCAGUAAUACAACUGCAGAAAGCCACAGUAGUACUUGUAGAUUUAAACAAACUUUCCCAAAAUACAGAAGGAGAGAGUGACACUCCAGAAGUCCUGACACAUUCCCAGACAGAGGAAAAACUGGAACAGGAUAAACCACAUAAUAGUGAAUAUCAACUAUGUAAUCUGACAUCAGAAGAGGAAGAACAGCUAGAACAACUACAAAAAGAGGAAGAUACUGAAAAGACCCCUGAGAAAGACAAAAUGGAGGAUGAUAACACAGUUGAAGAACAGAAUGAACCCAAUAAACAAGACAUGACAUUUGAGGAGCAAAAACCAACAGAAGAUUUGGAAGAACAAAAUGACUUAAAAGUGACAGAGAUCAUAGAAGUUUAUAGGGCUGUAGAUGAGGAUGUAGAAGAAGCAGUAAAUUCUGGAGAGCAUCCUGAAAAAACAACAACAAUGGCAGAUGAAACAAAUAUAAUUCAUGAGGCAGAAAAAGAUCACAAUAUUACUUUAAAAGAAAAGCCAACAGACAGUGACAUAGAAAUGAGUGUUCUUGCUCAGGAGGCACCAGAAACUGACCAGGAAGUCUUAGAAGAGGAGGCAUCAGUCAGCACAGAGAGAAGUCUCAGGCGUAGAACAAUAAAAAUUCAGUCUCCACCUAGAAGAAAAUCGAGACGUAUACAAAAACAAGGGGCUGACGUUUCUGAAGAUAAAACUGAAAUAGUCCUAAUAACAGAAAAGGAAGCUGAUGAGGUGGACCAAGGUGUAGAAAUAGUUGAUAAAGAGAAAGCGUCUCAAACAUCAAUUGUAGAUGCUACUGAGAAGGUGAUCCCACUCGUAGAAGCAGAACCUGAAGAUAAUGUCGUAGAACAAGGAGUUGAAGAAAUCAACAAGUUGGAGAACAAGGAAGCAAAUUUAGUUGUGACAAGAGACACAGGUGAGGAGACAUCUGAGGUGGGAGAAGAAGCCACUUUAGAGCAACAGCAAAAUGAGCCAUUGGUUAAAAAUGAUAAAGAAACAACUGAGACAGAAACAUCCAUGGAGUUUGCCCCAAUUGUUGGCAAAGAGCAAACAUACAUUGUAGGGGGGACCACCAUCCAAAUAGAGAAGGAGGUCUCACGGGUCUCACUUGUAGAAGCAGAACCUGAUGAGGAGGUAGAAAAAGAUAAUGGUACUCCAGUAAUACAACUGCAGAAAGCCACAGUAGUACUUGUAGAUUUAAACAAACUUUCCCAAAAUACAGAAGGAGAGAGUGACACUCCAGAAGUCCUGACACAUUCCCAGACAGAGGAAAAACUGGAACAGGAUAAACCACAUAAUAGUGAAUAUCAACUAUGUAAUCUGACAUCAGAAGAGGAAGAACAGCUAGAACAACUACAAAAAGAGGAAGAUACUGAAAAGACCCCUGAGAAAGACAAAAUGGAGGAUGAUAACACAGUUGAAGAACAGAAUGAACCCAAUAAACAAGACAUGACAUUUGAGGAGCAAAAACCAACAGAAGAUUUGGAAGAACAAAAUGACUUAAAAGUGACAGAGAUCAUAGAAGUUUAUAGGGCUGUAGAUGAGGAUGUAGAAGAAGCAGUAAAUUCUGGAGAGCAUCCUGAAAAAACAACAACAAUGGCAGAUGAAACAAAUAUAAUUCAUGAGGCAGAAAAAGAUCACAAUAUUACUUUAAAAGAAAAGCCAACAGACAGUGACAUAGAAAUGAGUGUUCUUGCUCAGGAGGCACCAGAAACUGACCAGGAAGUCUUAGAAGAGGAGGCAUCAGUCAGCACAGAGAGAAGUCUCAGGCGUAGAACAAUAAAAAUUCAGUCUCCACCUAGAAGAAAAUCGAGACGUAUACAAAAACAAGGGGCUGACGUUUCUGAAGAUAAAACUGAAAUAGUCCUAAUAACAGAAAAGGAAGCUGAUGAGGUGGACCAAGGUGUAGAAAUAGUUGAUAAAGAGAAAGCGUCUCAAACAUCAAUUGUAGAUGCUACUGAGAAGGUGAUCCCACUCGUAGAAGCAGAACCUGAAGAUAAUGUCGUAGAACAAGGAGUUGAAGAAAUCAACAAGUUGGAGAACAAGGAAGCAAAUUUAGUUGUGACAAGAGACACAGGUGAGGAGACAUCUGAGGUGGGAGAAGAAGCCACUUUAGAGCAACAGCAAAAUGAGCCAUUGGUUAAAAAUGAUAAAGAAACAACUGAGACAGAAACAUCCAUGGAGUUUGCCCCAAUUGUUGGCAAAGAGCAAACAUACAUUGUAGGGGGGACCACCAUCCAAAUAGAGAAGGAGGUCUCACGGGUCUCACUUGUAGAAGCAGAACCUGAUGAGGAGGUAGAAAAAGAUAAUGGUACUCCAGUAAUACAACUGCAGAAAGCCACAGUAGUACUUGUAGAUUUAAACAAACUUUCCCAAAAUACAGAAGGAGAGAGUGACACUCCAGAAGUCCUGACACAUUCCCAGACAGAGGAAAAACUGGAACAGGAUAAACCACAUAAUAGUGAAUAUCAACUAUGUAAUCUGACAUCAGAAGAGGAAGAACAGCUAGAACAACUACAAAAAGAGGAAGAUACUGAAAAGACCCCUGAGAAAGACAAAAUGGAGGAUGAUAACACAGUUGAAGAACAGAAUGAACCCAAUAAACAAGACAUGACAUUUGAGGAGCAAAAACCAACAGAAGAUUUGGAAGAACAAAAUGACUUAAAAGUGACAGAGAUCAUAGAAGUUUAUAGGGCUGUAGAUGAGGAUGUAGAAGAAGCAGUAAAUUCUGGAGAGCAUCCUGAAAAAACAACAACAAUGGCAGAUGAAACAAAUAUAAUUCAUGAGGCAGAAAAAGAUCACAAUAUUACUUUAAAAGAAAAGCCAACAGACAGUGACAUAGAAAUGAGUGUUCUUGCUCAGGAGGCACCAGAAACUGACCAGGAAGUCUUAGAAGAGGAGGCAUCAGUCAGCACAGAGAGAAGUCUCAGGCGUAGAACAAUAAAAAUUCAGUCUCCACCUAGAAGAAAAUCGAGACGUAUACAAAAACAAGGGGCUGACGUUUCUGAAGAUAAAACUGAAAUAGUCCUAAUAACAGAAAAGGAAGCUGAUGAGGUGGACCAAGGUGUAGAAAUAGUUGAUAAAGAGAAAGCGCCUCAAACAUCAAUUGUAGAUGCUACUGAGAAGGUGAUCCCACUCGUAGAAGCAGAACCUGAAGAUAAUGUCGUAGAACAAGGAGUUGAAGAAAUCAACAAGUUGGAGAACAAGGAAGCAAAUUUAGCUGUGACAAGAGACACAGGUGAGGAGACAUCUGAGGUGGGAGAAGAAGCCACUUUAGAGCAACAGCAAAAUGAGCCAUUGGUUAAAAAUGAUAAAGAAACAGCUGAGACAGAAAAAUCCAUGGAGUUUGCCCCAGUGGUUGGCAAAGAGCAAACAUACAUUGUAGGGGGGACCACCAUCCAAAUAGAGAAGGAGGUCUCACGGGUCUCACUUGUAGAAGCAGAACCUGAUGAGGAGGUAGAAAAAGAUAAUGGUACUCCAGUAAUACAACUGCAGAAAGCCACAGUAGUACUUGUAGAUUUAAACAAACUUUCCCAAAAUACAGAAGGAGAGAGUGACACUCCAGAAGUCCUGACACAUUCCCAGACAGAGGAAAAACUGGAACAGGAUAAACCACAUAAUAGUGAAUAUCAACUAUGUAAUCUGACAUCAGAAGAGGAAGAACAGCUAGAACAACUACAAAAAGAGGAAGAUACUGAAAAGACCCCUGAGAAAGACAAAAUGGAGGAUGAUAACACAGUUGAAGAACAGAAUGAACCCAAUAAACAAGACAUGACAUUUGAGGAGCAAAAACCAACAGAAGAUUUGGAAGAACAGAAUGACUUAAAAGUGACAGAGAUCGUAGAAGUUUAUAGGGCUGUAGAUGAGGAUGUAGAAGAAGCAGUAAAUUCUGGAGAGCAUCCUGAAAAAACAACAACAAUGGCAGAUGAAACAAAUAUAAUUCAUGAGGCAGAAAAAGAUCACAAUAUUACUUUAAAAGAAAAGCCAACAGACAGUGACAUAGAAAUGAGUGUUCUUGCUCAGGAGGCACCAGAAACUGACCAGGAAGUCUUAGAAGAGGAGGCAUCAGUCAGCACAGAGAGAAGUCUCAGGCGUAGAACAAUAAAAAUUCAGUCUCCACCUAGAAGAAAAUCGAGACGUAUACAAAAACAAGGGGCUGACGUUUCUGAAGAUAAAACUGAAAUAGUCCUAAUAACAGAAAAGGAAGCUGAUGAGGUGGACCAAGGUGUAGAAAUAGUUGAUAAAGAGAAAGCGUCUCAAACAUCAAUUGUAGAUGCUACUGAGAAGGUGAUCCCACUCGUAGAAGCAGAACCUGAAGAUAAUGUUGUAGAACAAGGAGUCGAAGAAAUCAACAAGUUGGAGAACAAGGAAGCAAAUUUAGUUGUGACAAGAGACACAGGUGAGGAGACAUCUGAGGUGGGAGAAGAAGCCACUUUAGAGCAACAGCAAAAUGAGCCAUUGGUUAAAAAUGAUAAAGAAACAACUGAGACAGAAACAUCCAUGGAGUUUGCCCCAAUUGUUGGCAAAGAGCAAACAUACAUUGUAGGGGGGACCACCAUCCAAAUAGAGAAGGAGGUCUCACGGGAUGAGGAGGUAGAAAAAGAUGAUGGUACUCCAGUAAUACAACUGCAGAUUGACCCUGUGGUUAGCAAGGAGCAAACAUACGUUGUAGGGGGGACCACCAUUCAAAUAGAGGAGAAAUUCUCACAGGGGGAAAGCACAGAAACCGAUCAAAGUGACAAUGAAAGGAUCACAAGGAGAAGUCUCAGGAUCAGUGCGAAAUCAGUCACAGCUACACAGAAGACAAGAACAUCUACACGUCUCCACAAAGUAGAGUUGGACCCAUUGAAAGAGACAAAUAUGAGUAGAAAUGAACAUGAAGAAACCUCAGCAACAACGGAAGAGACUGUGAAUGUGUGUGUGCCAAUAAUUACAGUAGAGAGCAACUUGGAAAGUCUUGAUGAAAUAGCAAAUACAAAUGUUGAAGAAACUACAGCUGUUGAACCUGAGACUUCUGAACUGCUGAUGGGUGAAGAAAUAAAUGAUAAAGAGGAGCCCUCUCAGAUUGUAGAAGAGGUCCCACCUAAAGAAGCAGAACCUGAUGAGGAGGUAGAGAAAGAUGAUGGUACUCCAGUAAUACUGCAAACAGACACACUAUUACUUGUAGAUUUAAACAAACUUUCUCAAAAUACAGAACAACAGACUGACACUCCAGAAGUCCUGACACCUUUUCACACAGAGGAACAACUGGAACUGUAUGAACCACAUAAAAGUGAAUAUCAACUAUGUAACCUGAUAUCAGAAGAGGACAAACAAGACAUGACAGUUGAGGGGCAAAAACCAACAGACGAUUUGUUAGGACAGAAUGAUGUAAAGGAGAGAGAGAAUGUAGAGGAAUAUAAGAUGGUCAUAGAUGAAGAUGUGGAAGAAAGUGUAACAUCUGGAGAACAUCCAAAAACAACAACAAUCGAAGACAAAACAAAUAUAAUUCAGGAGACAGAAAAUAAUCAAGAUAUUUAUUUAAAAGAGAAACAAAUGGAUAGUGGUCUAGAGAUGAGAAGUCUUGCUCAGGAGGCACCAGAAACUGUUCAGGAAGUCUUAGAAGAGGAGGCAUCAGGCGUCUCAGAGAGAAGUCUCAGGCGUAGAACAGUAAAAAUUCAGUCUCCACCAAUAAAGAAAUCUAGACAAGCACAAAGACAAGAGGCUGAAGUUUUUGAAGAUAAAACUGUAACAGUCCAACUAACAGGAAAAGGAGAUGAAGAAGUGCAUAAAGAAGGAACAGAAAUAGAUCAAGAGGAAACACUUCAAAAAACAACUGUAGAAGCUACUAAGAACAUUGUCUCACUUAUAGAAGGAGAACUUGAUGAGAAUGUAAUAGAAAAAGAAUUUGAAGAAAUUAACAACAUGGAGAACAAGGAAACAAAUUUAGGGAAUGAGGCAACCCGUGAGAUGGAAAGAGACAAAGUCAAUUUAGAGCAACAGGAAAAUGAGCUAUCUGUUGAAAAUGAGAAAGAAACAGCUGAAACAGAAAAACCCAUGGGGAUGGAUGAAGUUUCGGUGGUUAACAAGGAGCAAACAUACGUUUUAGAGGAGACACCCAUUCAAGCAGAGGAAGAGAUCUUACAGGUGGAAAGCUCUGAAACCAAUGAAAAUAAAAGUGAACGGACCACAAGGAGAAGUCUAAGGAUCAGUUCACAAUCCGUCACAUCUACACAGAAGACCAGAAAAUCUGUACGUCUCAACAAAGCAGAGUUGGAACCAGUAAAAGAAGCAAAGAUGAGUAGAAACGAAGAAACUUCUUCAAUGACAGCAAAGACGGUAAAUGUCUGUGUACCGGUUACCAUUGAGACCAAUGUGGAAAAUCUUGAUGAAGAUAGAGAUGUGAGUAAAAGGGAGGAAACUACUUCAGAUGAGCAAGACAUAGACAUAUCAAAUGAUAAGGGAAGGGUGGAUGAAGCUUUGCCUGAAAUAUCUACAGAUGUUGAAGAAGAGGAGACUAUGACCUUAAUUAAAAUAACUGAAAAUGAAAUUCUGCUGGAAAUAGAUAAAAUGCAAAAAGAUGUAGAGGGGGGAGUUCAGGAAGAAGAAAAAGCAGAGCCUUCACAGGAAAACACAGAGCAGGAACAAGAAGAAGCAGUGUCACUGGGUGAAAAUGUGGGGGAAACCGAUCUGACAAAUGAAUUUAAGACAACAGCUGUGGAGAAGGUUGCUUUAGAAAACUCAGAGCAAGAAGCAGCUUUCAUUACAAGAAGUCUCCGAUACCGAACAGUAACAGUCCAAUCUACACCAAGAAGUAAAUCAAAACACCUCCACAGACAAGAGCUGGAGUCAGAAAGAGAAACUGAUCAUUUAAAUGUCCCUACAGGGAAGGAGAAUGAGGCAUUAAUUGCUGAAUUAGAAAAUUUGGAGACAAAAGAGGGAGAGGGCGUAAUUGAGACAAAUACAGAUGGAAAGUCAGAAAACUCAGAGACAAAAGAUGAUACUAAGGAGAAAGGAAACGAAAUUCUGUUUGAAAUCAUGGAAAGUAACAGUGGCAGCCAGGUAAACACUGAACAGAACAAAGCUCAAGAUGAAAAUCUUGAGAGAGAAGAUAUGCCGAUGCUUAAUGAACAGGAGGAGGAAGAGGUUUCCAGUGUACAGAAGGAAGCAAAACCACUCCAAGAAAGAGAAAAUGAGAGAGCCGCAGAAGGUGUGCAAGGAAGAUCUGCUGAUUUGGAGGAAAAAGCAGUGGAAAUGAGAUCCCUGAGAAAAAGAAUGACUGUAGAAACAGCUGCUCCAAGGAAAUCUAAACGUCUUCGUAAACAAGAGCAUGAUGACGAUAGUGAGCAAGUCAAGGAGGCAGUUAUGGGACAAACUGACUCAGUAGAAGUGACAUUUACAGAAGACAGUGUAGAGCUGAGGUCAGAUGCAACUGCAGCAGUUUUUGAGGGAAGUAAUUUGGGUGAAGAAACACUACAAAAAAUACAGAAAAAUGCACAAGGGACUAAAUCAGAUGGAGAAUGCAAUGUACAUAAAGACACAGAGCCAGGUGCAGGUGAAUCUCAAGAGGAGCAAAAACAGAGCAGAUUAAAUAAAACCCAGACUGAUGAGGAUAAAGAAGAGGUUAUGACAGAUGAAAUAAUAGAGGAAGUGAUAGAGCAACAUGUAGAUCUUGAGUCCAGUACAAAUGAGGGCAUCACUUUAGCAUUGGAGGUAGAGGAAACUUCUGAUCAAGAAGAAAACAAAGCAGAUGAGCAGAGCAGAGUGGUGAUGGAGGCUCCAAAAGAGAUAUCCCCAUCUGCAGAAAAAUAUGAGAAAGGUGAAGAAAAUAUCUCUGAUGACGAUGAGAAAAGUCUUGCCAUCGGAAAGCAUGUUGUUCAGAGUAGCUCAUCUACUGCUUCAACCAGACGAAAAUCAAUGAGGCUACAAAUGCAUGAAUCCAAAAAGAAGGAAGAUGAAUCAGAUUCUGAAUCAGAAGUAGAACAAACAGCGAAACAGAGACAUCAGAGGAAAAGAAAAGCCAUUACUGAGUCAACAUCAGCACGCAGAUCAAAACGCCAUGUUAGGGCAAGAAUUGUUUAGCAGAUUAGUGAUUUGUGGCUCUUGUGUUAGUACAAGCCUCCUAUGCAUUGCUUAAGGGACCAGCCAAUUAUAUACAUAAUGUGAAAUUUUCUAUUACAUUUUCAUAUGCAAAAUAAUGCAAACUAUUUUCAACAACUAUAUUUUGUAUUUUUUUUCUGAAAUAUUUGGGAUUUUAUAAAACGGGUGUUUCUUGAAAUUAGGAUUGACUGAAAUAUGCAUGCUCAGUGUAACAUUUAGUUGAUAAAUGUCUAACUAUAUCUUUAGUUUAGACACUUUUUUCAUUUUUCUUCUAUACUAUGCAUUGCAAAUACAUAAUAGAGGUAGUUUUUAAUGUAUAGCACUAUUUUUAUAAUCAAUUAAAUGAAACAUGCAAGUCCACUCCACUGCACUCAGUUUGGUUCUGGAUUGGAUGCUAAAUUGAUCUAAUUUGUUCCUCAUUUUCAGAGUACACAGGUGCUCACACAGCAUAGGUGUUUGUGUGAAACAUUUUUCCAAUGUGCAUUACACUCUUAAAAAUAAAGGUGCUUCACGAUGCCAUAGAAGAACAAUUUUU